AUGAUAGCUCACGCACCCACGGAUCUAAAGACACGAGAUGACAACUAUUCGAAUUGCUCCAGCAACUGGUACAGUGGCAAUAGUUCGCGUAUCCUUCUUGACGCAAAAUAUGACUUGCAGCAUUGCCACCCAUGGCUGCAAGACCCACCUAGAUUGGAAGCUCUAGACCCGGCCUGGGCGAAUUGUUUUCAAAGUCUUGAUAUAAUUGACCCGCCUCGUGCGUUGACGGCAGCCGAUGUUGUGGCUCCUACCCCACUGAAGCAUUCGAUUCCAUUAAGUGUUGCUGCUCCCUUCCCAGGUUCACAAGCUGCACAACCCACGCCUUCGCCGACACCCCCUGCAAGCACACCUGCACCUGGUGGUGCCGCGGAUAGUAAAUCAGCGCGCGGCAUUCCAGACCAUCUAACGCCUGCGAAGGACCCAGUGUCUGCUGAUCCGGAUGCCGAGACCGAUGCUCCCGUCGCGACUCUCAAACACUUCAUUGACCCAACGCCUGCGCAGAAUUCAGCUACUAGUGAUACGAAUUCUAAUGAAGAUCCUGGCGUUGCGGCUUUUAAACCUUCCAAUGACCCAGCGACUGCAAAUAAUUCAGCUACCAGCGGUGCGGGCGUUGUGGCUCCAAAACCCACGGGCGAUCCUGCGUCUACCAAUGAUCCAGGUACGAGUGAUCCGAAUGUUGAUUACGGUCCUGCCAUUGUGGCUUCAGAGCCGGCGAAUGGCCCAGGGUUCCCCAAUCUGGCCACUAGUGGUCCCAAUGGAGGCAAAAAUUCCGAUGUUGUGGUUCCACAACCUGCAAAUCACCCUGCAGACCCGAGUGGAUCCAAUAGCACAGACCAGCAACCCAACAGGCCCCUUCCAAACACCAACGGCGAGCCGUAUACUUCGCCAUCAGUACAUGCUGCAGCUCCGGUACAAGCACCCUUCGUGACCAUUGUUGAUGGCCAUGAUAACACUCAGGUACCUGCAUCCCAUUCUAGUGUAGUCAUCGUUGACAGUCAAUUAAUUACGGCUGGAUACACCCCAACAAUCGCGUCUAGCACAUACAUCGCUCUGCACACAAAUGGCGACAUCGUACUGGGUAAUUCGACCAUCCACAGCAUUCUGCCCACUGCAACCCCAGCUUCAGUCCCGUCCUUCCUGUCGGCGACAAUCACCGCACUCUCAAACGGCAUCGCAAUCGCAGGCACAGCAUCAACAGCGAACGCGCCCACCAUCACAAACUCACAAACACCCGUAUCGACUGGAAGCGACGGCCUGGCAAUUGGGACACCGACGGUUCCCCACGCGAGCUCGGGUCUCGCUCCGACUCAAGGCCUGAAGGGCCUCAUUCCCGGUGGCCUUGAUGGCGGAUUCCCGGCGGCGCCCGGCACAUCAUCCACUUCGAAUGGGACGGCGGCCAAUAUUACAUGGUCGGCCAAUGGCCCGAUAUUCUUCCCUGGAAGCGCAGGGAAGGUCCAGAGCCCGGGCGGCGGUCCACUAGAAAGAUUGAGCAAUAACUUCCUCAAAAGGAGACGGCAGUUAUUCGGACAUCUUCAUUCAGGCCGACAGCCACGCUACCGGAUCGAUCGGAUCCGCCGCGCUCGGUCCGUGCGAAGCCAGCUCGAACGAGAUCCCGGUUAG